UAGAUGAAGAAGAAACACAGUUCAUGAGUAAUUGUCCUGUGGCUGUGACAGAGAGUACACCAAGGAGGAGGACUCGCAUUCAGGUGUUUUGGACAGCUCCUUCUUUGGGCACAGGCUGUGUAAUUUUGAAAGCAAGUAUUGUACAAAAGCGAAUUAUUUAUUUUCAAGAUGAAGGAUCUCUCACCAAGAGAUUGUGUGAGCCAGACUUUGCCAUGGAAGGUGUGACAGAUAAGCCAAUCAUAGACUGCUGCGCCUGUGGAACUGCUAAAUAUAGACUUACCUUUUAUGGAAACUGGUCAGAGAAAUCACAUCCAAAAGAUUAUCCACGACGAGCCAACCACUGGUCUGCAAUUAUUGGUGGAUCUCAUUCCAAAAACUAUGUUCUUUGGGAAUAUGGAGGAUAUGCAAGUGAAGGGGUGAAGCAAGUUGCAGAGCUGGGAUCCCCAGUUAAAAUGGAAGAAGAAAUUAGGCAACAGAGUGAUGAGGUUUUGACAGUCAUCAAAGCAAAAGCACAAUGGCCUGCCUGGCAACCACUAAAUGUGCGAGCAGCUCCCUCUGCUGAAUUUUCUGUGGACAGAACACGCCACCUUAUGUCUUUCCUUACCAUGCUAGGCCCCAGCCCUGACUGGAAUGUAGGGCUUUCUGCUGAAGAUCUGUGCACCAAGGACUGCGGAUGGGUCCAAAAGGUGAUUCAGGACCUGAUUCCAUGGGAUGCUGGCACUGACAGUGGAGUCACCUAUGAGUCUUCCAACAAGCCAACUGUACCUCAGGAGAAGAUAAGACCGCUCACAAGUCUGGACCACCCACAAAGUCCUUUUUAUGAUCCUGAAGGAGGUUCCAUUAAAUCAGUAGCCAGAGUUGUCAUUGAGAGGAUUGCACGAAAGGGGGAACAGUGCAAUAUUGUUCCUGAUAGCAUCGAUGACAUUGUUGCAGAUCUUGCUGCAGAAGCUCCAGAAGACGACGAUGAUACUCCUGAAACCUGCAUCUAUUCGAAUUGGUCUCCCUGGUCAGCCUGUAGCUCUUCAACAUGUGAAAAGGGCAAGCGGAUGAGGCAGAGAAUGCUCAAAGCUCAGCUUGACCUCAGUGUUCCUUGUCCAGAAACUCAGGACUUCCAGCCUUGUAUGGGCCCAGGCUGUAGCGAUGAAGAUGGCUCUACAUGCAUGAUGUCUGAGUGGAUAACGUGGUCCCCUUGUAGUGUAUCUUGUGGCAUGGGAAUGCGAUCGAGAGAGCGUUAUGUGAAGCAGUUCCCAGAGGAUGGCUCCAUGUGCAAAGUGCCUACAGAAGAGACGGAGAAAUGCAUUGUAAAUGAAGAAUGUUCUCCUAGCAGUUGCCUGGUAACUGAAUGGGGAGAGUGGGAUGAAUGCAGUGCCAGCUGUGGGAUGGGAAUGAAGAAGAGACACAGAAUGAUCAAGAUGACCCCGGCAGAUGGAUCCAUGUGCAAAGCAGAAACCACAGAAGCUGAGAAAUGCAUGAAUCCGGAAUGCCAUACCAUUCCCUGCCUGCUUUCUCCUUGGUCUGAAUGGAGUGACUGUAGUGUCACUUGUGGAAAGGGGAUGAGGACCAGGCAACGGAUGCUCAAAUCUGCUGCUGAGCUUGGAGAUUGCAAUGAAGAACUAGAACAAGUAGAGAAAUGCAUGCUGCCAGAGUGUCCAAUUGACUGUGAUCUGACAGAAUGGUCUCAGUGGUCUGAAUGCAAUAAGUCUUGUGGGAAAGGCCAUAUGAUCAGGACAAGAAUGAUCAAAAUGGAACCUCAGUUUGGAGGAGCUCCGUGCCCAGAAACUGUACAGCGUAAAAAAUGCCGAAUAAGAAAAUGCUUGAGAAACCCCAAUAUUGAGAAAAGGCGCUGGAAAGAAUCUCGGGAGAAAAGGAGGAGUGAACAAGCGAAAGAAGAUGUAGAUGGUGGGCAAUUCCCAGGUUGUAAAAUGAAGCCGUGGACUGCUUGGUCAGAAUGCACCAAACUGUGUGGGGGUGGAAUCCAGGAGAGGUUUAUGACCGUCAAGAAGCGUUUCAAAAGCAGUCAGUUCACUAGCUGCAAAGACAAGAAGGAAUUAAGAGCCUGCAAUGUUCAUCCCUGUUAGCAAACUGAAGUCUUUUGGAUAAUGCACUCCUAAAUGUAAAAAAAAAAAAAUCAACCUCGGUUUGAUUUUUUUU